AUGCAGGAGGCCUGGGUUCUGCUGGGUGAAGCUGAGAAUGUCCUGGCCCACCUGAGACGCAGGAGGGAGAAGGACCAGGCCUCUUUGUCCCAACUCUGUCUCUCUUCACAGCAUGAGUGUGUGGACGACUUCUGUGAUGACCUCCAAAGUCAACCCCAAGCAGAAACACAGGACCAACUCAGUGAGAACCUGCUUGAAGCUGUGGAUGCCGAAGUUCACAACAAUGUACCGGAGUUCACCCCCGUGCUUGGUGAAGUGCAGCAGGAAUUCCGUUGUAGAAUCCGGAAGCCCUCUGGUACUGACAAUCCAGGAGACCCGGAGAGGCCCUCUGGCUCUGACAAUUCAGGGGACCAGAAACCGGGAAAGAGCUUUCCGGACAUAGCGCUGAGGCAGUUCUGAGAAUGACUGCAGAAGCUGAAGCGGAAGUUUUUUGUUGCGCUUGCCUGCCUGCGGCAGAAGGGGGCUGCCGGCCUACAGGCCUUGCGCAGUGCGGUUGAGGCCAUCUGGGGAGAGUUGAAGCGUUUCUUCUCCUCUGUGGGGCAGGUCUUCAAGAGCCUCAUCUAG